AUGGAGAUACGCCAUUGGAAAAAAUAUAUUUUUUAUUUAUGUGCUGGAAUUCUAUUGAAAAUUUUAUAUAAAUAUUUGACACAUUUCUUACCGCGAGUCAAUGAGGAAGAAUUGCUGUGUCCUACAAAUGCAAUUAUCUCAAAUACUAAUAACACCACAAAAAAAUUGAUUCUUUUGUGGACACCGACAUUUUAUGGUGACGCUUUUCAAUUAAACAAUUUAAAUAGUAUUUACAAACAACGUAUUUGUCCGUAUUCACAAUGUGAGAUUACAUUAAAUCGCUCACAAUUGUGUUUGAGUUCUGCUGUAGUUUUUCAUUUACGCGAUACAUUUCUCAAUGAUUUACCACCAACGAGAAAACGUUUCCAAGAGCAACGUUAUGUUUUAAUGAAUUACGAACCACCAUAUUUUAGCCCGAAAAUUGUUGCUAGAAUGAAUUCAUUUUUUAAUUGGACGAUGACCUACCGUCGUGAUUCAGACAUCUUAUUAGAUUAUGUGAACUGGAGAAAUCGAUCAUCAUUAUCACAAACUACAAAAACACAUUAUUUAAAUGAUCGUCCAUCACGUAUAUUAUGGAUUGCUAGUAAUUGUAUUUCCGAUAGUCGUCGUGAAGAUUAUAUAAGGCGUUUAUCAAAAAUAGUACCAACAACCAUAUUAGGCAAAUGUCGUCAUUCUUUACCAUUUCUUUCAUCAUCAUCAUGUAACGGUUUAUCUUUCAUUGAUUGUUUAAAAGCUUUUUCUCGUAAUCAUACAUAUUAUUUUGCAUUUGAAAAUUCCUUCUGUUUAGAUUAUGUUACAGAAAAAUAUCAAUUACAAAUUCAUUUGAAAUCGAUGAUACCAAUUAUCUAUGAUAUAAAACAACAUAACAAUUACAAUAGAUUAGCUAUACCUAACUCAUAUAUUGAUGCAUCUCAAUUUGAAUCACCGGAAAGUCUCGGAGAAUAUUUAAAUAAUCUAACGUUACUAGCUAUUGAUGCCGGUAAGUCAAAAUAUGAUGACUAUUUUCAGUGGACGAAUCAAUACGAAGCAGUUAGUGAGACAUUACAUUAUAACUGUGAACUAUGUAGGAAAUUACAUGUUGAUGGUCAAACUACUAAAAUUUAUUCAGAUAUUAAAAAAUGGUUUUUUGAAAAUGCCAAUUGUUAUCAAUGGUCUGACAAGCACAACCAGUCAAUUAAAGUACCAUUACGUCAAACAAUCCGAUUUACCAAUCGAGUUAUGGAUGACACCUUAAGUAUUGCUUCAGUCUGA